ACAAACUACUUUAUGUCCGUUUUUCUUAACAUGAUUCUUCUGUGUCACUUGUUAUAUGUAAUUAAUCGUAUAUUUAUUUGUGGGGUUUAAUGUUACGUGAGAUGUGUUUCGUGAAAUUCGUUGUAGCUUGUUUAGCUUGUGUAAACGUGGCUUUCUCUGCUAGCUGUCAGUCGGUCGGUCGCUUUUGUCAGGACAUACUCUAUUAUAAUACGUGGCAGUUAAACUCGUUAUUAUACCAAAUGUAAUUUGCCCUACCUUUUCUCCAUUCAGUUAAGAGCCAACGUGGUUGAUUUAUUUUUUUACGGACUGGGCGAGUAAGGCUUAUAUGUAAAGUAAAUGCAGGCCGUUUUAACUACGAGUACGAGUUUACGGCUACGGCUGGAGUUUAGCUUGAACUCAACUAUUGGACACGGCCUCUGCAAAUGUGUGGGAUAAAUAUAUGUGUGUAUAUAUGUAUGUAUAUAUUUAUACUGCUAAAAAUGUGAAGUAAACGUUGGAAUUCUGGUUAGUUGAUUGUGACGUUUGUUCAGCUCAAAAUAAACCUCACUUAGCCUGCUCUCCUGAGGAAAACCCAGCCCAAUGCCCGAUUUUUAUGAAUGUCAAGAAGUGGGCUGAGAGCUGAGUUAGGUGAGGCGAUGAUUAAGCUGGGGACACUACUCAACUUUCUCACUUGUUAUUGAUUUUGAAAAGAUGGAGCACACACAAACCAUGACGACUGAAAGGCUGUGGAUCACACAUUUAAUGGCUGUGCCUAAUGAGGGAUCACGGACUACAUGAUUUGUCUAACCACCUGAACCCAUCCCACAUCUCCUGUGUCCCACCUGCUCUUUGUCCUUUGGCUGUUGGCAACAUGUGUUUGUAGUUGGGUUGAUAAUCAGUACAUACUACCUGAUUCCGAGUUGGCUAAAAAUAUUCAAACACGUUUGUUUUGGAGAAGGAUUUCUGUGCCAACUAGCCAUGCCGACUGUCCCCAACUAGUGUUACGGUGCAGACUGCCCAACUGUGUGUUGUAGGUAAAAUCAGGGUCAUUGUGAUUAAAAAGCUUAUUUUUCAAGUUUAUCAAGUUGAAUUCCCAUUAUCAGUAUAAUCCUGAAUCAUGGAUCACAGAUGAUGUAAGGAGCGUAUGGUCACCUGUCUCUCAUUUCCAGGAACGUCUGUCUGGUAAUUGCAAAACUGUCAGGCUUCACAUAUCGGGUGACUGUGCAGUGUGGUGUUAAAUAAAAUGACUUCCAGGCCAGUUCUAUUGUUUGAGGAUGGCACAGGUGCCUAAGAAGAAUAAAGCCUCCUCCUCCUCCUCCUGGGGGCUUAUCAGCAACUACAGGUAUUUGUGCAAAAAAUCCAUGAUGCUUAACACCAUGGAGAAUCCAAGGGCAAAGAAGAAAUGUCAGCAAAACAUGACUGUCGACAUGAAGAGGAAAAGAACAGACAGCCACUUCGAGUUGCUGUGCACAAAUAAAUUAGCCAGGAAAACAAAAUUGAGCGAUACAAUACAGGACUGUCAAGCCUUGAACUCUGAAAAUAGGGGCCCCGAUGCUUCCAAACAUGGACUCUCUGCUCCCGACCAUCACAGUUUAGUCACAGCACUAAGGGACAGUUGGGAGGUGGAUAGUGGUUUCUCAUCUGAAGCUAGUCCUCCUGCCAGUGGCCGGAGUUCACCCUGCCUUGGCUCAUGUCCGACCACCGUGGUGGCGUUAGAUUGUGAGAUGGUUGGGACGGGGCCUGGUGGGCGCAGCAGUGAGCUGGCUCGCUGCAGCAUUCUAGACUAUCACGGCAACAUUCUAUAUGACAAAUAUGUGCAACCAUGCCAACCCGUCACAGACUACAGGACUCCCUGGAGUGGCAUCAAGAGGCAUCAUCUUCUCAACGCCACACCCUUUGUGCAGGCCAGAGAUGAGAUUAUCAGAAUACUUGAGGGCAGAGUGGUCGUGGGCCAUUCCAUCUACAAUGACUUUGAGGCACUGGGUGUAAACCAUCCAUGUCACAUGGUGAGGGACACGAGCACGACAUGGCUCCUCAGCCGAUUGGCUGGUUUCCCCCGAGAGCGCUGCGUUUCGCUCAGAAUCUUGUCCAAUAAGCUGCUCAAUAGGAGGAUACAGGUCAGAAAGAGAGGUCACUGUUCGGUGGAGGACGCCCUGGCCACUCUUGACCUUUACAAGCUGGUGGAGGGCGAGUGGGAACAGGAUCUGCAAAACAAGCUCAGGGACGACGAUGCUCCACACGAGCCCAGCUUCGCCUCUUCUAACCAUUACAUGCAUGAUGAGUACUGGCCCAGUGACGUCACAACCAUCAGCCUUUGAGUUGUAGGAAGAAGUAGAAGUAGGAAAUGAAUAGUGAUUAGAUCAGAUAUAUACACCUAUCCCACCAUAAUUUUAAAACCCCUUGUCAUUUGUCAUUAGGACUACUUUGACCAGUGAAACAACUCUGACAAUGUUGUCCCUAAUUUAAAACAGGUUUUUUAAGGAGUUUGAACUUUCUACCUCAAGUUUGAACAGGUGUUACCAUUGUGGAUAAAAAGAGAAAACCAUCAUCAUAACAUGAUGGCUGAUUAAUGCAAACAACACGAAUUAGAACCAAAAGUAUAAUAUAUAUUAGAGAAAUUGAUGAGAAGAUGAACAAUGCAAUUAAUGCUUGAAUGAAAACACUUAACUUAUUGUUAAAGAUAUAACUAUGGUUGCUGUUCCUGACAGCAGUUCUGUGCUGUUGUACCUCAUAUUUACUUGCAGUGUUGAUAGUAAAUCAAGUCAGUUGUUGCAGACUUGUUUCAUUGCGAUGUGAAAAGUGUAGAUGCUGUGCAGAGUUUGUAGUUUUUUCAAACAGUUUCUGCUUUUACUUGAACAUAUUAAUGCAAAUAUUAAAAGGGCAUGAGACUAAUCCUAGGCCAACCUUUAUGAUGUUUUUCACACUAAACAAGAUCAAAGUGCAAACUUGUGCCCCCUCAUCAUUAAGGUGAUGCAUAUACCUGUGUCAUGUUCAAAUAAAGUGGCAUCAUUUUGAAA